UUUUAGAUAUUAUAUUUGGAGUCUUGACAAGUAACUGUAUUUAGAGAGAGCUCAAAAUUUACGUUUCCCCCUAGUCAAACAUGCCUCUCAUUUACUUUGAUCGCACGAUUAACUCACCGGAGGAGCUCAUCCUGGCGGGAUUGAAGGACUCCAGCACAGGUACCUCCCUGCGCGAUCUGUCCACCUUUGUGACGCGCAAGACGGGAUUUCCGGGCGAAGUCUGCUUUAAGGUUAUCACAGAGGCCCUCGAGGAGGCCAUGGCCUGCAAGACCAUUCGCCAAGUUGGUGGACUCUUCUACGAGAUACCGCCAAAACCACCAAAAGCGCCUCGUACGACAGCCAGACGUCGGAAAUGCUAAACAGCGCAACCAAAGACAGGGAAUGACUGUUGCCAUAAUUAAUUCAUAAUGCCGAGAGUAUCCGCUCUAGUGGCCGAGAAGAGCAGAGCAAACACUUUAUUAAAAUUAAAAUUUAUCUAAAUUGCGACAGCAAGCUAUUCUA